AUGCCACGGGGGGAGUCGGGAGGGGCGGACGAGCCCGAGGGCUCCGCGCCGGGCAGGGCAGAGCCCGAGGGAGAGGCGGCGGCAGCGGCGGGGACAGAGCCCCGGGACGCGGCCGAAGGUCCGAACGGGACAGAGCCCGAGGACGCGGUGAUGGCCCCGGCGGGGACGGAGCACGAAGAAGGGGCCCCGGUGGGGAAAGAGCCCGAGGACGCGGCCGUGGUUCCGAAGGGGACAGAGCCCGAGGACGCAGAGGGGACAGAGCCCGGGGAGGCGUCGGGGACAGGCCCCAAGGAUGAGGUGCAGGAGGCAGCCCCGACGGGCGCAGUCCCCGAGGAGGCUCUGGGGACGGUCCCCGAGGAUGUGCGGGAGGCAACCCCGAGGGAGCCGGUCCCCCAGGAUGAGGGGCAGGAGGGAACCCCGGCUGGGACAGUCCCUGAGGAAGGGGCGGCCCCGGCGGGGACAGUCCCCGAGGAUGCGGUGCGGGAGGAAAGCCCGGCUGGGACAGAGCCCGAGAAUGCGCUGGGGACAGUCCCCGAGGCUGAGGGGCAGGAGGGAGUCCCUGCGGGGACAGUCCCUGAGGAUGCGGUCCGGGAGGAAGCCCCGUCGGGGAUAGACCCUGAGGAUGCGGUGCGGGAGGCGGCCCCGGCUGGGACAGGGCCCGAGGAGGUGCGGGAGGAAGCCCUGGCUGGGACAAUCCCUGAGGAUGCGGGGCAGGAGGAAAUCCCGGCAGGGACAAUCCCUGAGGAUGCGGGGCAGGAGGAAAUCCCGGUGGGGACAAUCCCUGAGGACGUGGGGCAGGAUGCGGCCCCCUCGGGGACUAUCCCUGAGGAUGCAGGGCAGGAUGUAGCCCCGCCGGGGACAAUCCCUGAGGAUGCGGUGCGGGAGGAAACCCCG